GGUUAGCUUUUACCCAUAAUGCAGCGCGGCUCCUUCUUUCUUCUCUCGGAUCAAGAUGGCGGGGCUGGAUGGUCCGUUAAACGUGCUGGGGCAGAGAAGCACCGGCGAGUCCGUGCGGACUCAAAACGUGAUGGCUGCGGCGGCCAUCGCAAACAUCGUGAAGAGCUCGCUGGGUCCUGUAGGACUCGACAAGAUGUUGGUGGACGAUAUUGGAGACGUGACCAUCACGAACGAUGGCGCCACUAUCCUGAAGCUGCUGGAGGUCGAACAUCCUGCUGCCAAAGUGCUGUGUGAACUUGCAGAACUGCAGGACCAAGAGGUCGGAGAUGGGACCACGUCCGUGGUGAUCAUUGCUGCAGAGUUGUUGAAGAGUGCAGAUGAACUGGUGAAGCAGAAGAUCCACCCCACUUCCGUCAUCAGUGGAUACAGACUUGCCUGCAAGGAGGCGGUGCGCUACAUUAAUGAGAAUCUGACCAUCGGAACAGAUGAUUUGGGCCGUGAAUGUUUGGUCAACGCUGCUAAGACCUCCAUGUCCUCCAAGAUCAUCGGAGUUGAUUCAGAUUUUUUUGCUAACAUGGUGGUGGAUGCUGCUAUGGCGGUGAAGUUUGUGGACGGUAAAGGCGUGGCUCGUUACCCCAUCAACUCCGUGAACGUGCUGAAGGCUCACGGCCGCAGCCAGAAGGAGAGCAUCCUCGUCAACGGCUACGCCCUCAACUGCACCGUCGGCUCGCAAGGGAUGGUGAAGAGGGUACAGAAUGCCAAGAUUGCAUGUCUGGACUUCAGUUUGCAGAAAACCAAGAUGAAGAUGGGAGUGCAAGUCAUCAUCAAUGACCCAGAGAAACUUGACCAGAUCAGACAGAGAGAGUCGGACAUCACUAAGGAGCGCAUCCAGAAGAUCCUGUUGGCGGGGGCGACCGUCGUCCUGACGACUGGUGGGAUUGAUGACAUGUGCCUGAAGUACUUUGUGGACGCAGGAGCCAUGGCAGUGCGCCGUGUGCUGAAGAAAGACCUCAAACGCAUCGCUAAGGCAACCGGUGCCACCAUUUGCUCAUCUCUGUCCAACCUGGAAGGUGAGGAGUCGUUCGAGAUGGCCAUGUUGGGUCAGGCGGAGGAAGUUGUUCAGGAUAGGGUGUGUGAUGACGAGCUCAUCCUCAUCAAGAAUACGAAGGCUCGCACAUCAGCCUCUAUAAUCCUGCGUGGAGCGAACGACUUCAUGUGUGACGAGAUGGAGCGCUCGCUGCAUGAUGCGCUGUGUGUGGUGAAGAGGGUGCUAGAGUCCAAAUCCGUGGUUCCAGGAGGGGGCGCUGUGGAGGCGGCUCUGUCCAUCUACCUGGAGAACUACGCCACUAGCAUGGGUUCACGGGAGCAGCUGGCAAUUGCAGAGUUUGCUCGUUCGUUGCUCGUCAUCCCUAAAACGUUGGCGGUGAACGCAGCGCAGGAUUCCACCGAUCUGGUGGCCAAACUGCGAGCUUUUCACAAUGAAGCACAGGUCAAUCCCGAACGCAAAAACCUCAAGUGGAUCGGUUUGGACCUGGUGAACGGAAAGCCGAGGGAUAACAAGCAGGCAGGUGUGUACGAGCCCACGAUGGUCAAAACCAAGAGCCUGAAAUUCGCCACCGAGGCGGCCAUUACCAUCUUGCGCAUCGACGACCUCCUCAAACUCUUCCCUGAGCCUAAAGAGGGCGCGUCUUCGUACCAGGAUGCCGUUCAGUCAGGCUCUCUGGAGGGGUAAAGCCCCACCCACUCCGUAUUUAUUAACAUCCCAUGUUAUAGCGGUUGUAGCUUAGCCCAUGCACUUAGCUUGUAUUUGUUUUUGCUACUGCAGCAACACAGCUUGCUGAUAAAUCACCUAUAAUGACCUGUAUUCCCCUUUCUCUGAUCUGUUUUAAGGAAAUAAACAGGAAGUGGUUGUGUA